AUGAAGUUCGCCUCUGUCCUGACUGUGCUCGGGGCCUUGUCGGUUUCCGCCGUCCAGGUGAAUCCACUUCCCGCCCCCCGUAACAUCACCUGGGGUUCCUCCGGUCCAAUCCAAGUCAACCACUUGAAUUUGAACGCCCAUCACUCCUCUGUGGUCUCUCAAGCUUGGGAGCGAGCAUGGGAGACUAUCACCACCCUGCAAUGGGUCCCCGCCGCUGUCGAGGCCCCGAUUCCCUCCUACCCAGCCUUCCCUUCGACCCCUGUCUCCAAGGCCAAACGCGCGCCCUCCGCGGUCCACAACGUCAAUGUCCAUGUGGUGGACAGCGAUGCCGAUCUCCAACACGGCGUGGAUGAAUCCUAUACACUGGUGGUGGCCAAGGGCGGCAUCCAGAUCAAUGCGCAGACGGUAUGGGGUGUGUUGCACGCGUUCACCACCCUGCAGCAAAUUGUCAUCUCAGAUGGCAAGGGCGGCUUGAUCAUUGAACAGCCGGUCGAGAUCAAGGAUGCCCCGCUGUACCCCUACCGUGGCAUCAUGGUAGACACCGGUCGCAACUUCAUCACCGUUCGCAAGAUCUUCGAGCAGAUCGACGGUAUGGCCCUGUCCAAGCUUAAUGUCCUUCACUGGCACUUGGACGAUGCGCAGUCAUGGCCCAUGCAGAUGAGCUCCUACCCCGAGAUGACCAAAGAUGCCUACUCGACUCGCGAAAUCUACACCGAGAAAGACAUCCGCCGCGUGAUUGCCUACGCCCGCGCCCGAGGUGUCCGUGUCAUCCCCGAGGUCGACAUGCCCGGCCACUCUGCUUCAGGCUGGCAGCAGGUCGACCCGGAGAUCGUGGCGUGUGCCAACAGCUGGUGGUCGAAUGAUGUGUGGGCGGAGCACACCGCGGUCGAGCCGAACCCUGGCCAGCUCGAUAUCAUCUAUCCCAAGACCUACGAAGUGGUCAAGAAUGUGUACCACGAAUUGUCGCGUAUCUUCGACGACAACUUCUUCCACGUUGGUGCUGAUGAGAUCCAGCCUAACUGCUACAACUUCAGCACUCACAUCACCAAGUGGUUUGCCGAGGAUCCUUCGCGCACCUACAGGGACCUUACCCAGUACUGGGUCGACCACUCCAUGCCUAUCUUCCGUAGUGUCGGUGAGCACCGUCGCCUCAUGAUGUGGGAGGACAUUUUCCUCGCGACCGAGAGCGCGCACAACGUGUCCAAAGACAUCGUCAUGCAGACUUGGAACAACGGCAUUGACAAUAUCAAGAAGCUCACCUCGGCCGGCUACGACGUGGUCGUCUCGUCCUCCGAUUUCCUCUACCUCGACUGCGGCCACGGCGGCGCUAUCACCAACGACCCCCGUUACAACGAGCAGAGCAACACUGACGGCGGCGUGACCUUCAACUACGGCGGCGCCGGUGGCUCCUGGUGCGCCCCCUACAAGACCUGGCAGCGUAUCUACGACUACGAUUUCCUCACGAACCUCACUGCCACCGAAGCGAAGCACGUUAUCGGUGCCGAGGCUCCUUUGUGGUCGGAGCAAAUCGACGAUGUGACCAUCUCCAGCGGGUUCUGGCCUCGCGCCGCUGCUCUUGGUGAGCUCGUCUGGUCUGGUAAUCGUGACGCAGCGGGCAAAAAGCGCACCACCAACCUUACCCAGCGUCUGCUGAACUUCCGUGAAUACCUGGUUGCCAACGGUGUGAUGGCUACUGCUCUUGUGCCGAAGUAUUGUCUGCAGCACCCUCAUGCUUGCGACUUUUAUAAGAACCAGACUAUAAUCUCUUAA